CACGCCUGACCGACAUAGUCGAUGGGUAGCCGCUCGCCGAUCGCCAGUUGUAUGCAACUUUGUGCUUUCUCAGAAAUCCGUUGGACAAAACGUACAAGAGCAACGAACUGGUGUUUUGGAUCGAUUACUUUUCUGAGGAACUCUAACAGUCUGACUUUUAUGUUGUAGACGUGUCCGUUCGGUGGCACUUGUAAAUUUUUGCUGCUUGCUCUGUUUCCUACGCUCAUUUCGCCUCAAACAAGGACUUAAUCGCGUGUGUUUACCGAUCGCAGCGAAUUUCUGAAAUUUGGGUUGAUCGUGAAUGGUCUGCCGUUUGGAGAUCGAAAUUAUUACCAUCUUAUGUGUGGAAGUUGGAAGUGCGUUGUCUUUCGUUUAGCGAAAACGGAGUAUUUUCUCACAAUUGUCAGUGUAUUCUUCCUUGGCAACAUUUGAGGAUAUAGCUGGCAGGAGCCUUAACUCGAGGACUUAAGAUGCCACAGGAGUUCAUGGUCGGAUUGCACGCGGGUCGCAUUCCGCACUUCGACGAUUAUAAGGAUGUGAAUGCUUAUAUCCAGCCUUUCAAACGCCCUUCUACGGGCGAAAAUCCCUCACUCAUCAGCGACCACAACACUAAUAAUACGGACGAUGGUGUACAAAGUCCAACACAGUUUGUGAUGGACAUCGAUUCUGACUCUUCGUCCACGCAUAAUCCUUUGACACAUCCCAAGUCUGAACUACCAUCGACCUUUGUUCCUGGAUUCCACGAUGAAGCUGCCGUACGACGUUUACGGUACAAAAAGCUGGGUAGUACUGGAAUGUCUGUCUCCGCUCUGGCAAUAGGCGGCGGAGGAUUAGAGCGGUUUUACGGCUCGCUAGACGAAGAUCGCGCCAUCGAAGAGAUUCAGUCAGCCAUUCGGUUAGGUUUGAACUAUGUUCACACUGCUCCGUGGUAUGGUGCCGGAAAAUCCGAAGCAAUCGUGGGAAAGGCCCUUGCCGGCGUGCCGCGAAAAGCUUAUUUUAUUGCUACCAAAGUGGGCCGAUAUAAUGCAAAUGUUGAGGAAAUGUUUGAUUUUUCGGCUGAAAGGGUAACUAAAAGCAUCGAAGAGAGCUUGAGCCGACUUGGCCUUACUUAUGUCGACGUUAUUCAAGUUCAUGACCUGGAGUUUGCGCCUAAUGUCGACGUUAUACUGAACCAAACGUUGCCGGCAUUGGAACGGCUGAGACAAGCUGGAAAAGCCAGGUUUAUUGGAAUUACUGGCUAUCCGACACUAGAGCUUCUGGAGGUUGUACGGAAAAGUACAAUAAGAAUUGAUACAGUCCUUUCCUAUUGCCGCUAUGGCUUCUACAAUAACGAUCUAAUGGACAUCAUUCCGGAACUGCGAUCGAAGGGUGUGGGAGUUAUAAAUGCUGCCCCGUUGGGAUUGGGUUUGUUGUCCAAAACUGGUCCAGAAGACUGGCAUCCAGCUAGUGAUUCCUUGAAGUUAGCUUGCCGAGCUGCAGUGCUUUAUACACAGGAGCAGGAAAUGGAUCUGGAAAAGGUUGUGCUCAAAUUCUGCUACUGGUCCGACGACAUUGAUACCACAGUGGCCAGUAUGGUGUGCGUAGAAAGACCGGACUUGGUUAAUUGGAAUAUCAAUGCUGUUGUCGAUCCGUUGACCGAUAAAGAGCGCAUGCUCGUGGAAGAUAUUAAAGCACAAUUUUUUCGUGUUUUGGAUAAAACUCAUUGGGAGGGAGAACCUGUGGCUCGUUAUUGGGAUGCCUUGCGGGAGGAAGAACUGAUGCACAAGCAUCAUCAGAAUCAUCCUUUAACUGAUGCGGUCAUGAGCAGUAAUGCCAAAGAUCUGUUUGCUGCGCCAGGCGAAGAAACAACGUUGUUUUACCGAAAAAGCACCAUCUAAUAUUCAACUCCUUUGAGUGCCUCAGUUGCUCUGCCAGGAGGGUUCUUCUUGCUCCGGUUAAUUGCAAUGAUGGGUCCAGCUGUUGCUGAUGAAGCCUUAUUCAUUCAGUUUUUGUCCAGCUUUUCUCGAUCUCCCUGAGUAGUUGAAUAGGGAUAUUAUUUUAGCCGAUUCGCAAACGUGAACUUUUUUGCAGUUCUGCUUGCGUCUCGCUUUUUAUACCAUGCUAAUUUAUUACUCAGCCAUUGCUGCAAAAGGUUUUCUCUUUGCUUUCUUUUCGAUUUAUUGGUGAAAUCAGUUGUGAUGCCGGCGGUUUUUGUGGAAAUUGUUUCCACGUAUUUAUUUAAUAAAUUAAAUGGUUG